AUGGCCUCAAUCAAACUUGGUCUACUGUUCCUUCUUCCAAAUCUUCUACUCCUUUCUACUCCUGCACACUCUAGCGAUAAGGAGGAGGAGAGUGUUCUGAAGGGAAUCAAUAGCUUCAGGCAAACUCAGAAUCUUCCAACACUGAACAAAGUUAAAAAGGCAAAUUGUUUAGCUGAUGAGAUCGCUGAAGAAAUAGAGAACGAGCCAUGCGAGAACGUGAACCAGUUCUACCCGUCAACAAGAACCGGUGCUGCCUCCAGCGCAAACAUUCCAAACCUCCAAAAACACGUAGACAAAUGUGACAUUGACAUUAACACCACCACAGACGGUGUGAUUCUACCAGUUUGUGUGUCCAAAUUGGAACCCACCGUUGUGCUCUCUAAUUACACGCAUUCUGAUCGCUACGCACGGUUUCUCAACAAUUCCAGGUUCACUGGGGUUGGUCUUGGUUCUGAGGAUGAUUGGAUGGUUCUUGUUCUCACCACCAACACUUCCUCUGGCACCUUCUCUGCUUCUCAUGCUGCUGCAACAACUUCUGGCAUCAUUAAGCAUGCCGUUUCCAUGGACUUUAUGUUCUUCGCUUUGCUUUUUCUUCUCUUGUUGUAG